UUUACCCACGUGGACAAACUUUAAUAUUUGUACACACAAAACAACAAAGCUUCGGCGUAAAGAUGGGUAAAGUACGAGUUGACAAGAGAUGCAGGCUCCACUUUAGAGCCAGAGAGACUACUAAACCAGAGACGUCCACAGUUAUAAGUUCUGAAGCUGACAAGACUGUCCCCCUGCCUCGUGAGGUGAUGGAGGGUCUUCCUGUUCUCUCUCUGGAGGACAAGAAGACAGCCGCUGUCUCUCUCAAAAAGAAGGACAGGAGAAAACUGAGACAUUCAUCAUGGCUCAAGAAGAUUGAUGUGUAUCAGAAAGCUAAAGAGAAAGCAAAGGCAACAGAGGAGCGCCAAAAGACAGCGGUGGUGGGUGACAUACAUCCUCUCAUGGAGGCCCUCCCCUCGUUAGAGCUAGAAUAUGUUGAUAAGACAAGCGGCAAACCAUCAAGCAAGCGACCACACAGAGCUGUUGUCAAAGAGAUGGUUCACUUCCACGAGGUUCUCAAGCAUCCAGCCUAUAUCAAGGACCCUCUCAAAACUAUCGCACUGCAUAUAGAGAAUUCUGUAGCACAGGGGUUAACAUGAUGUAGUUUAAGUUGUUAGUUUUAAUAGUUGAAUGUUUGUGUGAAUGUCUUUCAGUUUGUGUGAUUUGCAUACAAAUUUGUGACUUCCCUU